AAAUUUACCGGUGUUGAUUUACUGGUGUUACAACAAAGUGUUAAAAUAAAGUGUUGCGUCAACGCUAUACAGAUUGAGUUAAACACCAAAAGCGUCAGUUUCGAUUAAGAGUUGGUGUCAUUUUAUAUCGUUGCAAAGGCAACUCCUUAAGCGUUAACCAGGCCACACCUCCAUGAACGUGCAGACGUCCUUUUGAUUCAACCAGACCACAUGCAGACGCCAUUUCAAAUGCUGCAAGUGGAAGAAAGUUGGUAAGUCUAAUAUAUAAAUCUUAUUAUACAGAUUCAUUGUGUAAAUUAAAUAAUAUGUUUUUGUAUCUUAGUUUAAUCAUUUUUUUUCAUAACGAUCAGUAUAUCAAGCGUUACACAGCCAAAUAAUUCAGACGUGAUUUUUAUUAAGUUAGCCUAUAUCAGCAAUUUUAUGAAUCAUGUAAAGCCACCAUAACGCUUAUAUUAAUAUUAUUAUAUUAUAAUUCUCGCACACGGCGAUUGCUUUAUUUAUUUUAUUUACCGUAUGCACAUGUCUGGACAUAAGCACAGUGUAGUUAGGCUCGCGCGCUAAGACCGCCGUCCAUUUUAGCAGGUAACGUUAUUCAAGGUGAACUAUCGCGUGUGGAUUUCUUGUAGUGUUCAACAAGUAAAUGUGCACAUUUCAAAGACAGCGGCUGAACUACUAUAACUUGUUUUAAUCCAAGGUACAUGCUUGGGUUCCUGCUGAAUGGUGGCCGACUGACCGUGGAUCGGUGAGAGUUUUCGCUGUUAAAAAGUACCGUGGUAAGUUUUUAAUGCUGCAACGAAAGUCAGUGAUUGCUCACUUCGGUGAUAGAACGCACGUUGUGGAAUAUAAACACACAGUUCAAGACUUCAGAUGAAUGAAACGACUAAUCUACAUUAUCGACAAAAACUGUUGUCAGAUAUUUUAAUGUAAGGGCAUAAUCUUACGCGAAUGUAAGAGAUUGCAAUAACAAGGUUUAGCCGUCAAGGCGCUAUAGCUUAAGACAUUACAGCUGCCAGGAAACAAUAGAAGAAGACAGCGCGCGUAACGGUAGUCAGAAUGAGUCCAAAACAGACGAUAAUACAUUCAUAAAACUCCCUCCAAUAUAUCAUUGUCGUGUAAGUGUGCUGCAAAACAACGAACGUUAACUUUAAGUUGUCUUUAUUUAUAGAAAAAUUAUUUAUUCUUACAAUUUAUAGUCCAAUUAUAUUACAUAAACCAAAUAUAAUGUGUUUAUUUCUCUCCACACCAAGAGCUUCACCAGAGGUCAAGACAAUGCUUGUCAAAGCACAAUAUCGAAACCAGAAGAAGUUCAUAAAAAUCCCAGAGGCUUGCUUUGAUUUAUUUUUAGCAGAGGUGAAAGAGAAGUUUUCAUUACCACAGGAUCUUGUAAUUACAGUUACAGAUGAAACUGGUACAGAGGUGGACGAAGAUGUGUUUCCUGAUCUAAUGAGCACCAGUGGACUGCUUCUUGUUAUAAAUGCUUUAAAUGACAGUGGACCCUCCACACCUCAAUCUUCAGCCAGCUUUGAUACAGAUACACUCUCUUUAACUUCAAAAAGCAGUGAGGACAGUGACUGGUUUAGUCCAAAACGCUUUAGAAAGGAUGAGGAUGAGGCUUCACAAAACUCACAGGCCAGAGAUUUGAUCAAACAAAUUCUAGAGACAAGACCAGGUGGAGCAAAUGUGCUGAGGGAGUAUGAAGAUACGGGGACAAUUAAUGAUGAGACAAGAAAAGUUAUGGUGAACAUUCUAGUAGCCCACAUGAUGGAGACAGAAGGGAGAGUUCCACACCGCCUUACCAAACAGAAGUAUGGUUUGGGAAUUAUCACCUUGUUUCCCUCACUCAGAGAUCCCCAAGGGAGGACUGGAUAUGAACAUUUUUAUGAUGGCCAGAAAAACUCUGGAUUCUUGUCGUGGCGACUCAAAACCGUACAAAGGGGGACAAAACCUUCUGGAAAUAAAGAUGAUCCUAAAACAGAGGAAAAGGGGGGUCCUUUGCUUGACCGACAGCUGUGUCACCCUGAAGAUCAGCUGGACAGUGAUCAAAGUCUAGAGGCCAUCUCUCUGAUGAAUCAUACAAGCGACCGUGAGGUCAUCAUGCAGAAGAUGAGGGCAACAUUUAAAUACAGACAACGUCUUGUGCGUGAUCCAGAGAAAUCCACCACUAUUCUCUCUGUUUUUCCUCGAUUUCUGGAUACGAAAGGAUUGAUUCUCCAGGACUUUACACUCCUGUUCGGGUCAGAAACGGCUUCCAGACUCUUGGAAAGGUGGCCAACAGUUUUCAAGUCAAAGAUUAUCAAGCUAGCAGAAACCUUGACAUCCACUCCACUGCUGAAAAGAUUGCUGUCAUCUGCCAAACAGAACAAAGAAAGCAGCGAGGCAGAGGAUUUCCCAGAGUGGGACAGUGACAUAUCAUCCUUUCUUCUACUUCUGCAUUUUUUGUCGCCCCAAGUUUCUGGAAGAAAGAAAAUCCAGAAGAUGAGCAUCUCACAGGCAAUUGACCAUCUGGUGGUUUUUCAAAAGGCAUGCCGGAGUAUUCAGGAACACCUCGAGACAGAAGACAAUCGUCAACCUUACAUUCUUGCCAUAGGAAGCAGCAAGGAAGCCAUCAGUCAGUUCUUCAUUGUGCUUGACAAAAAGCUCAUCCCAUGUCAAGAAUCCUCUUCACUAGCGGCAAUCGAUGAACUGUUCAAGGUCCAUUUUGUGUUCAGUAUCAGUUAUGAUCCUCCACUUAAAGGUUUGUUCACAUUUCUCCAGACCACAGUGUACAGAAUUGAUGUUGGCAGCACAAGUGAAACCCCAAGGGUGAAGGAGCUCAGAGCUAAAUUACUGAAUGAUGUUUAGAUGCUACAUCUGUAAAUCACUGUUUGCUACAACUGUAAAAUUAAUUCGGCACCUUAAACUUGUUCAUAGUUUGUAUCCUGGCAAGAAGUUUGAGUUGGUUUGUGCUCAGGAUGGUUGCUUCCUACAAUUCAAAAGUUAUGCAGGGUUUAAAAAACAUUUAACCAGAUUUCAUUUUAGGGGUGUGGCAUCAAGCAGUGGUAACAUAUCUAUUCAAAAUCAGCAUGCUCCAAAUCCUGACGAAGCACUUGUGUCUGACACAGAGCAAAUGACAGAUAAUGAUGCUCAAGUGGUUGAAUGUUCUUCUCUUUCAAGGGAUAGUUCAAGGGAAAUGUGUGCAUCCAUAAUUGCCAAAUUGCAGGCUAAUGGUGUUGCAAACAAUUUAAUUUUGUCUGUUAUUGAAAGCAUGGAGGAUUUUGUUAAUGAUUUCCAUACUAACUUAAGGGAGAGCAUUUUAAAUGUUGUGCCUGUUGGUAGCACAACUAGAAGUUCAGUUGAAGAGGUUUUUAAUAAUUUUCAUAAUUCAUUCUCAGAUUUUAAUACAGACACUAAAUGGAGAAAAUAUUUCAGCAAGAAAUGGGGAGUUGUUGAACCUACUGAAAUUCACUUGGGAGUCAGGUACGAUUCAAGAAGAAAUACGACCUCUGGAAUGUAUGAACAAACAACAGUUAAUGACACCUUUAUUUACAUCCCUCUGCUCAAAACUCUGGAGUUCAUUUUUAGAAAUGAGGAAGUAUGUAAACUGAUUCAAGAACAAAGGCAAAGUGACAUGUAUAGAGAAUUUUGUGAUGGGCAGUAUUACAAAAGGCAUCCAUUGUACUCCAUCUGUAAUAAUGCACUUCAGAUCCAAAUUUACUAUGAUGAUUUUGAAACAGCUAAUCCAUUAGGAUCUAAACAAGGAAUCCAUAAACUUGGCUGUAUAUAUUUUGUGCUUCGUAACCUACCAUCACAUGUAAAUUCAUCCUUGAUGAACAUACAUCUAAUUUCUUUAUUUCAUUCUGAAGAUGGAAAAAAGUAUGGCAUGGACAAAAUACUUGGCCCAUUGAUUGAUGAUGUUAAAGUUCUUGAGCAGAAGGGAAUGAAGGUGUCUUUUUCUGAGGAGCCCAUUUUUGGUACAAUUGCUCAAAUUACUGGCGAUAACCUGGGUCUAAACGGUAUUCUUGGUUAUGUUGAAUCUUUUUCUGCAAAACAUUACUGCAGAUUGUGCCUUACUGACAAGGUGUUAGCACAGGAAGUAUUUAGCGAGGAUGAUCCAAGGGUGAUUUUGCGCAACCGAAACCAAAAUGAGAAGCAUUACAAGUAUCUUGCUGACAACCCUAAUGAAAACUCCUGUUAUGGUAUUAAAAGAAAUUCUAUACUCAACACCUUGACUUACUUUAAUGUAUCUGAGAACUUUGUGCUGGACAUUAUGCAUGAUAUUCUGGAGGGAGUGGCACAGUAUGAAGUAAAACUGCUUUUUGAAUAUAUGAGUUGCGGUCUAAUACCUUGUGAUUCCAUUCCUCAAAGACUGUAUGCCUUCAACUAUGGUUUUUUGGACCGAAAUAACCGCCCAACCAAGGUCAACCUUCAGCACCCAGGAAACAGUAUUGGACUUAAUGCAAGUCAGACAUUGUGUCUCAUCAGGAACAUCCCUCUCAUAUUUGGAGAUGUAGUUCCAGAGGGAGAUAAGCACUGGCAUUUGAUGUUGCUGCUCUUGCAAAUUGUUGACAUUGUGUUUUCUCAUUGCAUUUCUGAAGGAAUGAUCAUAUUUUUGAAGCAUCUGAUAGUGGAGCACCAUCGGUUGUUCAAAGACUUGUAUCCUUCUAGAAAUCUGAUUCCGAAGCAUCACCUUAUGAUUCACUACCCUGAAUGCAUCAGGCAAAUUGGCCCAUUGAUUCAUGUAUGGACGAUGAGGUACGAAGCAAAACACAGGUUUUUUAAGAAAAAUUUAAAAAACUUCAAAAACCUCACCAAAUCGCUUGCAAAAAAACACCAGCUGGCAAUAGCCUAUUACUGGGAAUCCUGUACAUCGAGGGGUAUUGAAUCUGGUCCUGUUUCAAAUGAGUUGUUGUCUGAUCUUGAAAAGUGUGAUUUUAUUUCAGAGCAACUCAACAUUGAUCUCUCUAGUGAAGUAACUAUCACUCCUUGGGUAAAGUGUCAUGGUACGGAGUAUCGAAAAAAUCUUGUUGUUUGCUUAGAUUUGGUUGAGGAUGUACCAGUCUUUGGAAAGAUUGUUCAAAUUUUGAUCAAGGAUGGAGUUUAUUUUUUGGUCUCAUGUAUGGAAUCAGAGUUUGUUGAACAUCUCCAUGCUUUCAGGGUUUUUGCACAAGAGCACAGCCUUGUUCUCAAAAAAACAGAACAAUUGUUUUACUACAAGCCAUUUGAUUUGCAAAUGACAUAUGGCAAUGACAGUUCAUUUUAUAUUGUUUUGGACUGUUACUUGUAAAGUAAUUUUAUUGGUGGCUUGGUGUUCCAUGUUGGAAUAAAAUUUUGAAAGAG